GCCAAACUGAGAAUCAUUCGAAUUCGAAUUUAAUUUUAUGUUCGUUCUGGUUCUGAAUACUAGUGAGUAGUGACUAAAUAUUUUGCAGAUGAACAAAUCCAAGGAGAGUGCUGCAAUAUAACAUAAUAUAUUUUUUGUCAGGCGGUGACCAGGUGCACACGCUACCAUUUGGUCUUCAGGCUCAGCCAACGCGCAACGUCAUUCGAGUAGGUAUACACAAUAUAUAAAGCACGUCGAUAAAUGGGCGAUACGAUGACCGGCCGCGACGUGACGACAUCACUGAAGGUGAUGCUUCUUCAGACGAUGGUUUUGUUUGUGAUCACUAUGGACGUAUGUUGGGGAUCGGAUCCACCAAAAUCGUAUGGUCCAUCUCCGUCGAUCGAUAACUACCAAAAUAAUUACGAACCCGAGUUUCAAAGGCCGUUAGCUGUGUUUACAGAGAGACCCGUGAAUGUGGCUCACUUUGUACUGAUCCCAGUGGUGCAAGUCCCGUCCUCAGAUCUAAGGAUGAUUUAUCGGCCACAGAUUGACAGCGUUUCAAAAACUGAACCAAUAAUAAUGUGCAAAUCAUUAACAAAAUCGUUCGAAGCUACUCCCGCGGUGCAAGUGCAGUUGCAGCAACCAUUCUACCUGUAUGAUGAACGGACGCUUAUACCGUUCCCAAAGUCAGUUACCAUUUUGCAUGGUGGUUACCGCAUGUCAUUCCCAGUUGGCAUGGUCGUAGCCCCAGUUCCAGUGGAUCUCCUCCGAGCUGGCCCAGUGUUUGUUACCACGUUGUACGCUAUACCCGCGGGCCCCGUGCCAGCGCCAUCACCAGUCAGAUUCGUUCCAUGGUCGUCUUAUCCUCCGAAUCCAACGGCGCUUCCGCUGUACUCAGCACCAGCGCCGUCCCAGUACUCGGCACCAUCUCCGUCCCAGUACUCGGCACCAUCUCCGUCCCAGUACUCAGCACCACCGCCGUCCCAGUACUCAGCACCACCACCGUCCCAGUACCCGGCUACCCAAUCGCCGUCCGCUCAGUACUCGCAACCGGCACCACCGUCGCCCACUUACUACCAACACUUGGCAGGCACUACUGACAGCGGUUACGUCGAAGAGUCCAACGAACCACCUGGCAAACUCUACUCGCAGUUGGCGGCGGCUUCGUUCCAAAACUCCAAAGAAUCGCCAGUGCUGCACCAACUGAGAGAGGAGUCGGAAAAGAACCGCCACAAGUACGCGCUGCCUUCGUAUAACAAUCAUUAUCAAACGGUGGACGCUGCGUAGACGUUGGAUGGGUCAUCGCCACUAGACUUGUGGCCUGGGGGGGCAGUGGACGGGUGCAUGCUUUCCACGAGACAGUCAUGCUAAUUUUUUUUUAUCAUUAAUUAACAAAAUCUAUUUUUCUAUCCCAUAUAAUAUAUUAUAUUUUAUAGGUUAAACUUUUAUAACGAAAGACUAUUAUUCUUAUAAUAUUAUAAUUUAUGUAAAAUAAAAAUAAUAAAAAUAAAAAACAAAAGAAUAAUCAAUAAUCAUGCCAAUAUAUUUUAUAAGUAUAUAAUAUACUAUCUACGAACAAUAAAUUAAUACACUUUGUUGUAGUACCUAGAUAAGAAAAAGAAAUAGUUGUUUGCAACGAUUUACUCUGUUAGGUAUUAUUACAAUAUUAAUUAUUAGCUCUUUUAGUUACAACUAGAAAAAUAGAAACUAUCUACCUACUACAUUUUGAAAUGGAUACGUUCAACUUGUUUUAACCAGUCCUCAUACAAAACGUUUUAUAUUAUUUUUGCAAUAACUAUUGUACUUACAUUAAGUUUAUAAGAUAAUCACAUGAUAUCUAAACAUAAUAUUAUGUUUAUUAUUAAGAAACUUAAGUUGGAUAAAUUAUGACUUUGACUUGAAAAUAGUUGCGUCUCACCAAUGAUAUUAUUUAUAAUUUAUUUUAUGUUCAGAAUUAAAUGAUAAUUAUAUUAUAAUUUAUAGAAACCAUUUUAUUUUAAUUUAUUAAAUUGUUUAUUAGAUGCAAAGCAAAAAAUUAGGUAGUUACUAAUGUAUGAAGAAUGUGAUAAAAAAAAAUGUUUGUGUCCCUUAUAUGUCAUUUCUACACAGCCCUUAUAUUGGGCGAUUGUAAACUCCACCAGAAUACCGGUUAGAUAAAAAGGUAAUAUUUAUAUAUAACCUAUUUAUGCGGAGCCUUGUUUUAUAUUUUCAAUCCUUAGCUAUAAAAGUUGAACAUCUUAUAAUUUUUUUACUCCAAAAUAAUUAUUAAAUUUUAAAUUUGAUAAAUUUUGUCAAAAUUUGAACUUUAAAUGCUUAUAAAAAAAAAUUGUGCCUAUGUAUUUUUAACAUUUUUCAACUGCUAUUGUAAUAUUAAAUCAGGAGCUUUGCAUUACAUUUUCACGCAAUGAAUAAAAUGAUAUUGAUAUAUAUAGAAAAAAAACUAAAAAAAAUUGAAAAUUGACUAUGUCCGUAAAAAGUUCAAAAAGAGUCAAAUUGUUUUAUAAAUUUUAUCGUGUAUAGAAAAUGCUAAUAUAAACAUUCCGUGAAAUUUUCAAGUAUUUACAGCCAUUCGUUUUGUAAGUAGAAUAAAAUAAGAAAAUCGUUACAUGAGAAAUCGAGUGAAUAUCAAAUGUUGUAAAAAUAUGAAUUUCAAAAGCUCAUAAAAAUGUAAUUUGACUUUCUUGUAGAUAUUUUUUUUUGAUAAAGGUAGAAAAACUUAUGAGGAAUCUUGUAUUACAUUUUCAAAUCUUAGAUUUAAAAAAAAAAUUUCCAUGAUUUUCUAACUCAAAAUAAUUUGCGAAUUUUCGUCAUUUUUAGUUAUCAUUAUUGUGUUCAUAAUGUGUGGUAAUCACUAAUUAGUGUAAUUUUAUUAAAUUACAAAAGCUAGAAUAAGGCAUAACUACUAUAAUUAUAGCAAUAUAGUUCGAGUAGUGUAAAUGUGUAAUUGAUUCAUUUUUUAAAAAAUUCUGAACUGAACUAAGUAGUAAUUUCAAUUAACUUAUCCCUUUGUGACAAGCAACAUUGGAAUACCCACGUAAAAGUGACUCAGGGAGCGCUUCGGGACUCUACCCAUAUGCUUGGCAAUCGAAAAUUAAAAAAAAAUUAAGACCGAAGACGUAUAUAAUGCACGUAUUCAUAAAUGAAAAUAAAUCGAUUAAUUAACUAAAAUCAAUCUUCACAGAUGGCAGCACAUAUUUAAUAUAAGGUAUAUUACUGUAAUUUAAUCAAGUGAAACACAAAUAAAGAGGAAUUUUCGGAGAAAACUUACACUUGCUCUUUUUGGCAAUGAUUUUAAAAUCGUAUAUACACACGUUCAUGCUAGUCAAAGGGUUUAUAAAUUAACUAGAUGGUUAAAGUAUCGAACUUAGUAUUUCCUGAUUGGUAACUUAUAAAAUAUAUGUUAAGUUAAAAUCAUCUUUGCACACAUCAAUUAAUUACCUACAUAGUUACCUAUUGUUUUUUUCUUGCCAUGCUGUUUUAAUAUUGUAAAUAAAAACGAAGAAAUACAUAUUCCUUCAUUUAAUAACUUAGUUUACAUGCAAGUGUACCUUAUUCAGUAAUUACCUAAGCAACUACUGCUAUAAGAAAAAAUAGUAGGAUGCAUUUUUAAUAAAAUUUAAAUUAUUAUUUUAAAUAUUGUUACUCAAUCAAUAUGACAUGUGAGUAAGUGACCCAGCUGUUCAUUAAAAAUUUAACGUAACUUAGUUAAAGUAUGAUAUUUUUCUUUAUAUUAAAUGUAAGCUUUUAAAGUUAAAUAUAUUGUUUGUUAUAAUAAUAUAUUGUUUAUACUACAUACUUACUUAUAUUUUGACAUUCGUAAUGCU